GGGCUACGGGCGGGUCACUCUGAGACAGGCAAGCCUGUGGCGGGCGGUCCUGGGUGCGGAUUGGCUCUGGGAGUUUCCAGACGGAGGCUAUAAAAGUGGGGAGCCGAGCCGGGGAGCUCUCGUUGCGCUUGCGGUGUCGGGGGCAAGGCGACCGUUAGUUAGCGUCGCGGAUUUUUCUGUCUUAGGUGUUUCCGUCUAACGCUGCUUGCCUGAUUUUCAGUCAGGAUGUCUGCCCGCGGCCCGGCUAUCGGCAUCGACCUGGGCACCACCUACUCGUGCGUGGGGGUCUUCCAGCAUGGCAAGGUGGAGAUCAUCGCCAACGACCAGGGCAACCGCACUACUCCCAGCUACGUGGCCUUCACCGACACCGAACGCCUCAUCGGCGACGCCGCCAAGAAUCAGGUGGCCAUGAACCCCUCCAACACCAUCUUCGACGCUAAGAGGCUGAUCGGGCGGAAAUUCGAGGACGCCACAGUGCAGUCGGACAUGAAGCACUGGCCAUUCCGGGUGGUGAGCGAGGGAGGGAAGCCCAAAGUGCAGGUGGAGUACAAGGGAGAGAUCAAGACCUUCUUCCCGGAGGAGAUCUCCUCCAUGGUCCUCACUAAGAUGAAGGAGAUCGCCGAAGCCUAUCUGGGGAACAAGGUGCAGAGCGCGGUCAUCACCGUCCCGGCCUAUUUCAACGACUCGCAGCGCCAGGCUACAAAGGACGCCGGCACCAUCACCGGCCUCAACGUGCUGCGUAUCAUCAACGAGCCCACGGCGGCAGCCAUUGCCUACGGCCUGGACAAAAAGGGCAGCGCGGGCGGUGAGAAAAACGUGCUCAUCUUUGACCUGGGCGGUGGCACCUUCGACGUGUCCAUCCUGACCAUCGAGGAUGGCAUCUUCGAGGUGAAGUCCACCGCCGGCGACACCCACCUGGGCGGCGAGGACUUUGACAACCGCAUGGUAAGCCACCUGGCGGAGGAGUUCAAGCGCAAACACAAGAAGGACAUUGGACCCAACAAGCGCGCUGUGCGGCGACUGCGCACAGCCUGCGAGCGCGCCAAGCGCACCCUCAGUUCAUCCACACAGGCAAGCAUCGAAAUCGACUCGCUUUACGAGGGCGUGGACUUCUACACAUCCAUCACCCGCGCCCGCUUCGAGGAGCUCAACGCCGACCUGUUCCGCGGGACCCUAGAGCCGGUGGAGAAGGCGCUGCGCGACGCCAAGCUGGACAAGGGCCAGAUCCAGGAAAUCGUGCUGGUCGGCGGCUCCACCCGCAUUCCCAAGAUCCAGAAGCUGCUGCAGGAUUUCUUCAACGGCAAGGAGUUGAACAAGAGCAUCAACCCUGACGAGGCGGUGGCCUACGGAGCUGCGGUGCAGGCGGCCAUCCUCAUCGGGGACAAGUCAGAGAACGUGCAGGACCUGCUGCUUCUCGACGUGACCCCAUUGUCGCUGGGCAUCGAGACGGCUGGCGGCGUCAUGACCUCACUCAUCAAGAGGAAUACCACGAUCCCCACUAAGCAGACGCAGACCUUCACCACCUACUCAGACAACCAGAGCAGCGUUCUGGUGCAGGUGUACGAGGGCGAACGGGCCAUGACCAAGGACAAUAACCUGCUCGGCAAGUUCGAUCUAACCGGUAUUCCUCCGGCGCCCCGCGGGGUCCCCCAGAUAGAAGUCACCUUCGAUAUUGACGCCAACGGCAUCCUCAACGUCACCGCCGCCGACAAGAGCACCGGUAAAGAAAACAAAAUCACCAUCACUAACGACAAGGGUCGUCUGAGCAAGGACGACAUUGACCGGAUGGUGCAGGAGGCGGAGCGGUACAAGUCGGAAGAUGAGGCCAAUCGCGAUCGCGUCGCCGCUAAAAACGCCGUAGAGUCCUAUACCUACAACAUAAAGCAGACCGUGGAAGACGAGAAAUUGAGGGGAAAGAUUAACGAGCAGGACAAAAACAAGAUCCUCGACAAGUGUCAGGAGGUGAUCAGCUGGCUCGACCGGAACCAGAUGGCAGAGAAAGACGAGUAUGAACACAAGCAGAAAGAGCUCGAGACAGUGUGCAACCCCAUCAUCAGCAAACUUUACCAAGGCGGCCCUGGCGGCGGCGGUGCUUCUGGAGCCUCUGGGGGACCGACCAUCGAGGAAGUGGAUUAAGUUUGCACUCGGUUCUACGUAAAACUUUUUCCUUUCUCAUUUUUUCCCCCUUUCGUUUUUGUUUCUUUGAAAUGUACCAAGAACGAGAUCUGUUGCUGGAAGUUUUUAGUCCUGUGUAUGCCUGUGGAAAGGAAAGGUGCAACAACUUAGUUUAAUUAUAAAAGGUUAGUUCUGAAGUUUGAUUUUUAAAAACAUUGCGUUUUCUAUUUAAAGCAUGUUGCGUGUUUGCUGAUUUGAGCAUUUUUGGUUAGCUUAGUUUGUGCAUGGAAGUUUGUUGGAGAUGAGAAACCUGAAGUUUGCACACAUGUUCUGUGGAAGCUUGGUAAUAAAAUAUAGAAGCUUGAAUUGUUUAUUUUUAUGUAUUACUUUAAGACUAAAGUGAACAUUGAAGUAAUGUUAAGGGCAGUAUACUUUUUGCAAAAUACAAAUUUAAAGUAAAGCUGAAAUUGAUCCCCAAAUUACUGUCAUGGAGUUUUCCAUUUUCCCUUCUUACUGUUUUACAGGUGUUGAUCUUUAAGUAGGUAUAUUAGUAUCAGAUGAAAUUUAUCUAACUAAAUCUUGUCUAAUCCUGAGAUGAGGUUCCUGCUUUGAAUUACCAACAACUUAAGAUCUGGGAGAAGAUCGGGGUAAACUUUUCCCCCUUUUAAUACAGAAACCAGACUGGGGUCUUAUAGUGUACACAAACUCUUAAGGCUUGGCUUAUGUGGUCAAGUGAAAAUCCAUCUGAAUAUUCCAGAAAAAUACAAAUUGUAUUCGGGGUAUAAAAUGAUUCUUUCUGAUAGUAGCCUAAUGUAGUAUAAGGCAAGUAGCUUUCUGUGACAUACAGGUGCCUAAAACAAGAGACAGCAAGUAAGUGUUAAAGCCAUUUAAAAAUUUCAAAUUUCGUCAAAGUUGUUUUAACUUUAAUUUUCGAGUAAAACACAGCUCAGUUUCUGAGCUUAUGGCCAAUUCCAUUAGAAGAUGUUUGUAGCAGUUAAAAUUAUCUGGGGGUUAAGGGUGGAAAAUACAGAUUUCUUUUUCUCAUUUGACAGUCAUAAUGCUUUUGCAAUACCUGCCUUAAAUCACUAGAAAAGAUUUCUUUUUUAAAAAAAACUGCAAGAUAAUCCUGUAUUUUGUUAAUACACAGCUUGUCCAUUUUCCUGUAUAUCUGAUUUGAGAUCGUUUCAGAUAGAUCCACUAUCCUGGACUUAACUUUUAAAAUACACAUCCUUGUAUAAGGAUAAAGGAGUUCAUAUUUAUUUGUAUGUUUUAGUGAAGUUACAGGCUUUGUUCUGAUUUAUUCUUUAAGGGAAACUUUGGAGAAAUUCAGUAAAGCUGAUUGGAAAAUGCAUAGUUAACCUAAUGUUUUCACCACACACAGAUAAUUUUACAUCUUUUCCAAGCGAUGCAGCAUUUCUUCAUGUUGUUCACAAGAAAACACUGGAAUAGAGAAGCUAUGACUUUAAUUUAGUAGUGGACCCUUCUGUAUCAUGCAGAGAGAUAUAAAACUGAGUUUUUAACUGAUAUAAAAAACAGUUUUUAACUGAUAUAAAAACUGAAGAACAAAUUAGCCUAAAAACAUUGGGCUUUGGUAAUGACCCUCUCACACAGAAGCUGAAUCGUAUGUACAUAUAGCUUUUUUCCCCCUUUUUUGGCAAGUCUCAUUUGUGUGUAGGGGUGUAAGAUAAGGCAAUUGCUUCAAAAUAAGCUUUAAAAAUUUUAAAGGUACAUGCUGUUUAUACUCUGGAAAGCUGAAGAUAACUUGGGUUUUUCAGUGCUGGUGCCAUGUUGGAAAGUUUUCAGUGAGGAGGUGUUAUGGGUGUAUCAUUGACUAUACAGAUAGCAUCACAUAAGUAUUUGCCAAAUUAGCUUGGUACUAACAGAACCAGGUGAAUAGUUAACUGCCUUAGAGUGACAUCUAACAUGAAUUUUUACCGAGAUAAUACCCAUAUAUUAGCUUUUAUUCUUUAUUUGUUGAAAGUAUCCUCUGUCUUAACUUCAAAAUAUAAUGGAGUCUUUCUGUAAGUGCAAUCUGGUACUAGUAUGACUCAUUUUAGACCUCCCUUUAAAAUAGAUUGGUUUUUAAAAUAUCAGAAAAAUGAACAGUGGUAGUCUCUUUGAUGCUAUGGCUUGGCCUCUUAUAACUUGCUGUAACACUAGCAUCAGUCCAUGUAGAUACUUAAUUUUCAGUUAUUUUGAAAACUAAUUUGUAAAAGUUCUAGCCUUGUUGAGUGUUUUUAAUUUGUGUCUUCUCAAAUUUACCUAGAUCUGAAUAUUGUUAAGGCCACAAAAGUAGUCAUUUAGUGUUUCCAGGGGUCACCAAAACUGGUAACCUGAUAACUGCUGAGAAUUCCAUAGCAGAUGUUAGAUCAGCCACAGUCAAAUGACAAUGGAAAAAUGUACUUGAUGUUAGGAGGAGGCUAAAUUACAGUUUAAAUAGCAUUACUUGAACUUAAAAGUAGUGUUACAUUAGGGACUAGUGGUCAUACUAAAGGCAAUACAAUGUAGAAUGCUAAAAGAUUGAAAAAGUACAUUUCUCAUAAAGGGUACUUAAUUCUUCUUUCCUGAAUGAUAAACGUAUUUGUCCCUGUUUUGAGGCAAUAAAUCUAAACACCUGUUAAAAUAAGACAGAGCAGGUUGUUUAUUGUGAGAUAAUGUGAAAUUUAAAACAGGCUUACUCUAAAUUUUUUGUAGUAUUAUAAAUAUAAUGGAAAUUCAUUAAAAUGACUUGUACAUUAGGAUAUAUUAAUAUUAUUUAUAUCUUUAAACUUAGCAUGUAUAAUAGGAUAUUUAAUGUAUCACUGAUCCAAUAUGUCAGGAGACUUAAUGAGAAUUUCUUUAUCCUUUGUAUAAUCUUAAAUAAGAUUUCAAAGAUGAAAUCAAAAGAUCUCUUCUCAUGAAACUCAAGUAUUGGAACCAUGAUAAAGCACUCACCUACUUUAAAUUGAACGUGGUUUAUGAAAGUUGUGAGGCAUGUUCCCUUUGCUUUUUGAACACUGCAAUUGAAAUUUUAAAGAAUCUCAAAUCUAUAUAUCACAAUUGCCAAGGAAAUACAUGGUUAAGAAACAACAGGAAUGUUCAAAUGCUUCUGUAUACUUAAUGUAUAAAUAAGUAUGAGAAAACUGUUUUGGGGAAUUACCCUUAAGCAUUAAAUUAGAUGCAGAAUUUUAUUCCUUGACGAAUAAAUAUGUAUCUUU